GUGAGACUGAAACCAAAGACAGUGAAAGGAGAAAAAUAAAAUAUUAACAGGUGUGAAGUUAUACCCCAUCACUAUGGAAACAGAGCCCAUGGUCAGCCCCCGAUCUCCUAAGAGUCCAGUCUCCCAGGAGGAUUGUGGUCUCUGGAUGGAGGUUGGCUGUAAACCGGCAGAGGACACAGAUAUGACCAAAGACAACUCCUCCCUGACUUCUGGGGAAAAGCCCUGUGAGGCCUGGCAGGCUGCCAUACCACCUCCCCCUUUGGUCAGCGUAGGCCACCCCGAUAGGAUGGAGGAAGAUGACGACGUCUUCAUCCUUCCCCCACCAUGCAAAGACCCCUCUUGUCCAGAAGAGGGCAGCACUAUGGAGCCCAAUGUUGGGGCCAUAAGCGUCACAGAGGCUAAAGAAAAUCCCAGGAGCUUAGAUGGAGUCCAAUCUGAGCAGCCUAGCAGCACUCCAGUCAUGGACAAGGCUACAGUAACAGUGGAAGAGGAGCAGCUGACUGAACCGAAGAAGGGAGGAUCUGUGGAUAUCACAAUGCUGACUGGAAGACCUGGCUCUGCCACGUCACCAACAACAGACGAAUAUAAAGCAGUGGGUGCCAGUAGCCCUGAGCAGCCACAUCCGAACAUGGAAGCCAGCAUUCUGAAGGAGACAGAUCCUGUCCCAUCAUCACAGACAAGAGAGUCUGAGCCAGAGCACUGCCUUGACAACAAUAGUCAUCCAACCCAUGAAGGGACCAUCAUAGAGCCAGAACAUUCAGACGAGAGUAACAAUGAUGUUGAGGACAUGGUCGAUGGUAGAUCACUAGACUACGACAUGACCAAAGACGAGUGGGUCAGGAGAGACAGUGCUAGCAGUGACGUCCAGUGCCUCCAGCCUCACCUAUCUAUUUCAAGAGGCUUAUCCAGAGAGCAGGUAUCAGUGCCCACGCCUCAGUCACCUGCCUCUGAGCAGCAGGAGCAGCAGGAGGCUGGCAGCCUGACAGUAUCUGAAGACAUCCAGCAGGGGGAGCAGCUGCUGCAUCGCCUGCAUCUGGUGCAACAGAGACAGGACGGACAACAGGUGCCACAGGAGCCUCCGCCCUCACACCAGGUAGCCAUGAAGACAACCAAUCAGGAUACAGGCUACCAGGAGGAAGAGAGAAUUGAGUGUAGGAAGGAAGAGGAAGAAGAGAGUGAGGGAAGCGGUGACGAGAGAGAGCAGGGAGAGAGAGUACAGACUGUUGAGGUGGAAGAGAGUGCAGCGGUAAGUGAGGAAGACACAGAGAUUCCAGAGAAAGAAGAUAUUGAAACAGUGGCAGGAGAGAAAGCGGAGGAGGUCCAGUCUCGUCCUUCUGCCCAUCUCAGUGUCCAACCUAUGGUCAGGAUUGAGAUGGAAUGCAGUGACGAUGACCAGAGUGACAGCGGGGUGUCCACUGACUUCUCCCCUGUCAGCACAAACGAGAUCCACACGACCACAGCCCCCAUCAUAGACAACAAGGCUCCCCCACCCCAGAAAGAGACUCCCAUCGAGAGGGAGAUCCGGCGAUCUGCUGAGAGGGAGCAGAGCCUGCGGCGGUCCAGAUGCAUGUCAAACACCCAGGAAGGUCAGGAGGUGGUAGACAUCCCCCUGAUGAAGACUCCCCUACUGGCUAAGACACUGUCCUCUAAGGCAGGGCCGGGGCAGGGCGCUGACUGGCAGUUCUCAGAGAAGAAGAUGCAGAAGGAAAUCAGCCAGGAGAUCCAGAGGGAGCUUGUCCUGGUGAACAUGGGGAAGAUCCCUGGAGUCUACAGCAAGGGAACAGUACGCCAGAUGAGGGAGAGGAAGCUGCUGUUUGAAGCCUUCCAACAAGGCAAUGCAGAAGGACCCACCAGGCACAGGAGACCCCCCACCACAGCAGGCCUGGGGAUGAGAGGUCAUGUCUACCCCUCUGUGCUGGAGAGGACGCGUAGCAUGGAGCUUGUCUCUUUCAAAGGCUACCCUAUCUCAAGAGCCCACUCCCACCAGAUGUUUGACUUAAAGGGCCAAAAGGAUGCUAGCUCAGGCCAAAACCCAAGUGCAGAGAACCAACCUGCCGGUAAAAGAGCAGCGAGGAAGGUGGUUAUUUUGGAAAGUGACGACACAAUCAUAGCCCACUAUCCGAACCGAGAAAGAGGAGCCCAGCGCCUCUACAGAAGCCUAGACUGCCUAAGUAUAGGGGGCACUGUCUCUACAGAGGAGGAGGCCACGGAUGAGGUGAGGGGAGAACAGCCAGGGGAUGAGGACGAGGGCUCUGACAUCCCCAGGGAGAACCCCUUCUUUAAGCUGCGUCCCUCACUGGCCAUGAAGCCGGAGGUGGAGAAAGACAUCCGGGAAGCCAGGGAGAGGGAGGAGGAGCUGCGCAGGCAGAGGUGUAGUCUGUAUGGAGAGGCAGGAGUCAGUGGGGGCAGGCCAGACGGCACAGAGGACCACAGCCCAGACUCACCUACCACACUCAUUCCCUCAUCCUCCUCUUUCACAGCAUCAGUUGAUGGCCGACAAUCCAAGGGGAAGUUGGAUCGGACCUGGCCUCCUCCCAAUCCUAAGAGUGCUAGGGAGAACCCUGGACAAACACAGGAGCCCAAGGUUUACAAAGCAGGCGGCCAAAAAACUCCUCUGUGGCAGCGUUGGGAAGCAGGUAUGGUGAACGGGCCACUGCCACGGGAACAGGACUGAUACUGGAGGUCACCAAUACCAGGACUUCUAUACCAUUAAUUUUUCAAAUGUAUAACUAAGGAACUAGGAUGGUAGAACUGCAUAAUUCACUACGAUGGCAGAAACUUGAAUUAGUAUUAGCUUGAACAUUCGAUGCUUUGUAAGACUAACACCUGUUUUGUAUAUAACAUUACAAUUUCAUUACAAAUAUUCACAAUGUACAAAAGACAUCCUCUCUCAUUUAACUGCUCUCCUUGUAAAGGUUUAACUGCUGUUCAGUGUUCGAUCAAAAUGACAAAUGUCAUCCACAAUUCAGAGAAAUGUCAUUAUCAAGGAUUGCAUAAAUGUGAAGGUAAUCAAAACUACUAUAAAUGUUUCAAUAAACGUACAAAUGCCGUAAUCAUAUCUCAGUCCGUACAUAUCUCCGUUUUGUCCCAUCAGGCUCUGCUUAUCAGUAUUGUACAGUUUGUUAAUACAAUCUAGUGAGGAGAAAUUAAGUGCAUACAUUAAAUAUCCUUUUCAAAUCAA